UCGCCGCCGCCCGGAGCCCCAGCUCGGCCUGCGCCGCGCGCCCCGCUGCAGUCAUGGGGCUGCAGCCCCUGGAGUUCAGCGACUGCUACCUCGACAGCCCGUGGUUCCGGGAGAGGAUCCGCGCGCACGAAGCGGAGCUCGAGAGGACCAACAAGUUCAUCAAAGAGCUCAUCAAGGACGGGAAGAACCUCAUCGCCGCCACCAAGAGUCUUUCGGCAGCACAGCGGAAGUUUGCACACUCACUCCGAGACUUUAAAUUUGAGUUUAUCGGGGAUGCCGAGACUGAUGAUGAGCGAUGCAUAGAUGCUUCCUUACGGGAAUUCUCAAACUUUCUGAAGAAUCUGGAAGAACAGAGGGAGAUCAUGGCGCUAAGUGUAACUGAAACCCUGAUUAAACCCUUGGAAAAAUUCAGAAAAGAACAACUCGGAGCUGUAAAGGAAGAGAAAAAGAAGUUUGACAAAGAGACAGAAAAGAAUUACAGUCUUAUCGAUAAACACUUAACUCUGUCUGCCAGGAAGAAGGACUCCCAUUUGCAAGAGGCGGACCUUCAAGUGGAGCAGAGCCGGCAGCACUUCUAUGAGCUCUCUCUUGAGUAUGUGUGCAAGCUCCAGGAGAUCCAAGAAAGAAAGAAGUUCGAGUUUGUGGAACCUAUGCUGUCCUUUUUUCAGGGAAUGUUUACUUUCUAUCAUCAGGGUCAUGAGCUUUCCAAAGACUUCAAUCACUACAAAAUGGAACUGCAGAUCAACAUCCAGAAUACACGGAAUCGAUUUGAGGGAACCAGGUCGGAAGUGGAGGAACUUAUGAAUAAAAUCAGGCAGAAUCCAAAGGACCACAAGCGAGCAAGCCAGUUCACAGCAGAAGGCUACCUGUAUGUCCAGGAAAAAAGGCCUGCUCCAUUUGGGUCCAGUUGGGUCAAACACUACUGCAUGUAUCGGAAAACAGCCAAGAAAUUCAACAUGAUCCCGUUUGAGCACAGAUCUGGGGGGAAACUGGGUGACGGAGAGGUGUUCUUUUUGAAAGAAUGCACCAAAAGGUAUUCCGACUCCAUUGACAGAAGGUUUUGCUUUGACAUUGAAGCUGCUGACAGGCCUGGCAUUCCGUUGACCGUGCAGGCGUUCUCAGAAGAGGAGAGGAAGCAGUGGUUGGAAGCUCUGGGUGGAAAAGAAGCUCUGUUCCAUACUUUUAAUAGAGCCAUCAUCCCGAGACCAGAAGGAGGUGCACAGUUGGAUAAGAUCGGAUUCAUGAUUCUCAGAAAAUGCAUCAGUGCGGUUGAAACACGAGGUAUAAAUGACCAAGGAUUGUACAGAGUUGUGGGGGUGAGUUCAAAGGUCCAGAGACUUCUGAGUAUGUUGAUGGAUGUGAAAACCUGCAGUGAGCUGGACCUGGAGAAUUCUGUAGAUUGGGAAGUGAAGACAGUAACAAGUGCUUUGAAACAGUAUCUGAGGAGUCUUCCAGAACCUCUCAUGACCUAUGAGUUACAUAGAGACUUUAUUGUUCCAGCUAAAAGUGGUAGCCCGGAAUCCCGUGUCAAUGCCAUCCAUUUCUUGGUACACAAACUGCCAGAGAAGAAUAAGGAGAUGCUGGAUAUCUUGGUGAAACACCUGACGAACGUGUCAAAUCACUCGAAGCAGAAUCUGAUGACUGUGGCAAAUUUAGGAGUGGUCUUUGGACCAACUCUGAUGAGACCGCAGGAAGAAACUGUUGCCGCCAUCAUGGAUUUGAAGUUUCAGAAUAUCGUCGUAGAAAUCUUAAUUGAAAACCAUGAGAAGAUUUUUCGGACCUCGCCUGAUACCACAUUCCCAGAGCCCACCUGCCUGUCCACAUCGCCCCCAAAUGCUCCACCACGGCAGUCCAAGAGACAAGGGCAGAGGACGAAGAGACCGGUGGCCGUGUACAAUCUCUGUCUUGAGCUGGAAGAUGGUGACAGCGCCGGUCCCCUCAAGGAGGAGCCUCCCACCAGCAGUCAGGACUCACUGUCCACUCCGUCUCCCACAACUUCAGCUGCACUUGGGCCUCCUGGACCAGAUAAGAACCACCUUUCCGCAGAUGUUGGGGACUGUGGAGACGGCACAGCCACUACGCCAAGCCAGACCCGGCCGUCGAUGGUGCAGUGGCUAAAUAUGCAGGCUUCCACCACAGCAAGCUCCAACCCAGCCGGUACACCUCCUUCUCCCAGGACGUCACCUUUCCCGGCCUCCCCUGCUGCCUCCCUUGUAGACAAGCUCCCUGAAUGCGUUAUCAAUCGCAAGGCCCGGGCAGUGUACCCUUGUGAGGCAGAACACAGCUCGGAAUUGUCAUUUGAAAUAGGAGCCAUUUUUGAGGAUGUUCAGACCUCCAGGGAACCCGGCUGGCUGGAAGGGACCCUGAACGGCAAGCGAGGGCUGAUUCCACAGAAUUAUGUCAAGUUGCUGUAGCUCUAGGCCUUGGGGGCUCCAGCCGAUCCUGUCACCCACACACCAGCCUGGAAACAGCACCCAAACGCCACGGUCACGCUCAGGGACUGCAGAUCACCAGGGGCACUGCAGGCCUGGGGGAGGGGGAUGGACCUGCCACGGAGGACUGUGCAGACGUGGGCAUCACAGAGAGCGUGGGCAGCAUCGGUGGCGUGUAUUCUGACUCAGCAGGCACUGGGCCUGAGAUUUUCAGUUCUCCAGCCUGUGGAGGCAGACACCACUGGUGACCACACUGUCAGGCAUGGCAGGACCCUGCUCUCCACUCACCUGCUCUCGGGCUCCCGGGGGGAACUGUGCUUCUCUGGAAUUUCGUGUCCAGAGCACCUCUGGUUUUUGCGGGUGCAGGGGAGUUGUUCCCAGCCUGGAGCGAAGCAGAGAGAAGCUUUUUCAAGCCCGUGCCUUCCUGCCUGCCUCUGCCAACCCCCAGGGCAGCUGUACCAAAAGCUCAUCUGCAUGCUUACAACAGUCUUUCCCAGGUGCUCACCUGAGUGUUGUUUGUCCCUUGCCACCUUGUUGUCACAAGGCCCCUCUGUAAAUGAAAUAAAAUGUAAUUUACUAUU